AUGCCAAAGGGUGGGAAUCGUUUAUUUAUUAAACUUUGGGUCGGGAGAUUAUCAUUUUGGCCUAUAAAAAAGCAUGUUAUUUCACUCACCGGUAUAUCCUUGAACAUCACCUGAAAACUCAUUAAUCAUUAUUCAUAUCAUGACCAGAUUCACUCUGCCCACCAUGUCGCCAAUUCAUUCCCGCCACGUGGCAGUAAUAGGCGCCGGAGCCGCCGGUUUGGUUGCCGCACGCGAGCUUCGUCGAGAAGGCCACAAGGUUGUAGUCCUGGAGAAAAACGACCAAAUUGGCGGUACGUGGAUUUACACUAAUCUGCUUGAAUCCGACCCGAUUGGUAUAGACCCGAAACGACCCGUCAUCCAUUCCAGUAUGUACAGUUCGCUUCGGACCAACUUACCACGAGAGGUAAUGGGUUUUAAAGAUUUUCCAUUCGUAAGCCGAAACGACGGGUCCGUAGACCCGAGAAGGUAUCCCGGUCAUACGGAGGUUUUGAAGUAUUUGAAGGAGUUUGCAAGGGAGUUCGGGAUUGAAGAAAUGGUGAGGUUUGAAACUGAGGUGGUGAAUGUUGGUUUGUUGGAUAAUAAUAAAUGGAAAGUAAGGUCUAAAAAAGCGUAUAACAAUGAUUAUUUAGAUGAAAUAUAUGAUGCUGUAGUUGUUUGUAAUGGGCACCACACUCAACCUCGUAUUGCUGAAAUUCCGGGCAUCGAAUCAUGGCCGGGGAAGCAAAUUCACAGCCACAAUUAUCGUACUCCAGAACCCUUUCUAGAUCAAGUCAUAGUGUUAAUAGGGAGUUCUGCAAGUGCUGUUGAUAUAUGCAGGGACAUUGCUGGAGUGGCCAAAGAAGUUCAUGUUGCUUCCAGAUCAGUUGCGGAUGAAACAUAUGAAAAGCAGCCUGGAUAUGAUAACAUGUGGCUUCAUUCCACGAUAGAAAGUGCCCAUGAAGAUGGAACUGUGGUCUUCCGAAAUGGCAAUAUGGUCCUUGCCGAUGUAAUUUUACACUGCACUGGUUACAAGUAUCAGUUCCCAUUUCUUGAUACCAAUGGCUAUGUGACUGUGGAUGAUAACCGUGUGGGACCACUAUACAAGCAUGUCUUUCCACCAGGCUUGGCUCCAUGGCUUUCUUUUGUUGGUUUACCAUGGAAGGUUCUCCCCUUUAUCAUGUUUGAAUUGCAAAGCAAGUGGAUAGCUGGUGCUUUGUCAGGUCGUAUCACACUUCCUUCUCAGGAGGAGAUGAUGGAAGACACUAAAUCCUUUUAUUUGACACUUGAAGCUUCUGGAAUACCUAAGCGAUAUACACAUAAUUUGUCUGGUUAUCAGUUUGAAUAUGAUGAUUGGCUUGCUGUGCAAUCUGGAUGUGAAGGGGUUGAGGAAUGGAGAAUACAAAUGUUCCUUGCUGCUGCCGAAAGCAAACUCUCUAGAGUUGAGACAUACCGUGAUGAAUGGGAUGACCACCACCUAAUUUUGCAAGCCCAGCAAGAUUUCAGGAAGUACACCUCACUCAAAAUAUGUAGUAAGAUUUAAACUAGAGUGGCCACACUCAAAUAGGCGGUGUUCUAUGUAUUUGUCAACAAUAAAGAAAAAAAAAAACCUUGUUAUCGUUUUUUGUUUUUUCUAUAAUUUGUAACGCAUAUUGCUUGUUUAGCAAAACCCGACCCAAGCAUUGUGGGUAGAUCUAUCAAUCGGACCUAUUAAUCCGGA